AUGGCUCCUGAGGGGCACCCUCUGCCGGAGGAUGCGACGACGCAAACACUCAACUAUGCACUGGGCAAUCUUGGGGGGAAGCAAAAGAGCUGGAUGACACUGCCCUCCAACGCGCCAGCCCUGCCGCCUGUCGUUCCUUCACAAGUCACCACAAACUCGCUACCCUCCACCGUGCGCGGUCGUGGAAGACCUCGCAAAUAUCCCGCGCCGGCGCCCGCUCCCAACACUAGCCCACAGAACCCGAAUACGACACCACAGAUACCUUUGCAACCGCGCCCGACCGUCGAGACAGAACGACAGCCGCCCUCCAACUCCACGUCUCCCCGGCUCCCCAAUGUCCUUGUCCCUCAGAACACUGCCACUUCUGGGCCUUCGGUUGCCCAUGUGUUUCCGUCCCCCACUCCAAGCGAGGAGACAUCAGCCAGAACACCGCUCCAACCACACGGGCCUUUGAUGCCACCACCGACGACUUCGCAAGCGCCAAACUCCCAGCCUUCAUCCUGCACGACGCAGCCAGAAAACAGGCCCAUGGCACCCUCGGCGCAUCAUCCAUCGAAUGAUGGUGGGUACGCAAGGAACGAUUGUCUGCAGACUCUCAGCAAUUUCCAGACCUCAUACCCUCCUUCGCCAAGUCACCCCCAGGAUGCAAGACGCCUGCGCGUUCUGUGGGAUGCCACCAUGGACGAGGACUGGUCCUAUGUUACUAUGCAUCAAUAUUACUGCAUGCUCACCCAUGCUCGUCGUAUGAUACCGGAGAGUUUGCUGGAGCUACCGGGUUUGCAUCAAGCGCAGAGCAUGUUGAGAGAGGUCCUUGACUUGAAUCAUAAUCUUUCACUUAAUUACAUUAACUUGUUCAUCAACUUCCCGUAUCCGAUGCAGCAGACUGCAGUACAGUGGUCGACCACGUAUGCACAUCAAGCACAACGUUUCGGACAUUUCGUUGUUAAAUCACAGAACUACCGCCAGGUGAAGACCAUGAAUCGGACACUCCGACGCCCGCCCCUCGCACGAGAUCUCGCUGUCCAACUCGGCAUUGCUUCUCCCACAUUUCAGCGUCUCUUAUUCACGGCUCUUCUGCGAUCUCUCUGGCGCGCGGUGGUUCCCAACCCUAGUUUCGCAAGCUUCGAGGCUCAGGCUCUUGCUAUUUUUCGUCAGAAUCAAGACGACUGCCACCAGCGAUCACCUGUCGAGUCGCUUGAGCUCCUGAGAGCCCGCGAGGAUCAACUAUGGGGCACUAAACUGAGAACGUUAACCGACGCAUUCGAAGCUACACUUCAACAGCAAGGUCUUUCAUUGGCUGACAUCCGCAACGGCGUUCCCCAACAACAGCAACAACAGCAGCAACAGCAACAACAGCAACAACUACCUGUAGCCCCCCAAUAUCACCCACAACAGAUACAAAGCAACUAUUCUACUGCAGAUACCAAUGCAAUGCCACCACGUCCGAAUAGUUCAGUCGAUCCACGCUCAGCACAGGCUGCCAUCCAGCAGUCUCGUGGGCGCGGUGGUCUUCCCGCACGGCCUACCCGGCUGGCCGCUGUAUCGCCGGCUGCCGUCUUACCAUCCAGCCGGCCAGAGCGGCCUUUACUUCCUGCUCUCGACUACCAACAGCCACAGCAGCGAGUACCUAACCCUACACGCUUUGCUUUACAUCAAGCCCAUCUGCGAAGCCCAGAUCUCCAAUCACAAUCCGAAUCCUCGCCGUUGUACAUCUUCUUGUCAAGAUUCUUGAAGCCUCCAGCUCGGCUAUCCGCACCUGCCUGUACCAUCGAAAAAUGGACUUUCACGCUCUCACCCUCCGAUAUGCAGAAGAUCGCAACAACUGUUCGAGAUACAAUCGGUGGGCCCGGUGCUAUGAACAUCAAUGAAGGCAACAAUUUCGUGCGUCUGCGUUGUGUUGAGUGGCCGCAAUCUAGCCCAAUGGGUACCCCAACAAGCGACCUUUGGGCAGUGGCUGAUACCCAUUGGAUACCUCACUCUUACUAUACUUUCAACGGCACCCCUCUUGAUCCGCGGAAAAAAAUUCACUAUGGAAAAGACCUCCCUAUCGAUCUCACGGGCCUUUUGAAAGAAGGUGAGAACGUCCUGGAGUUUGUGGUAAUGGCUCCAUCUGGAGAUACAUCUCAUCUCAAUUACUUGACCGCCAUCGAGGGGAUGGAUGUCUCAUCUCAUGAAUCUAUCAAGCAGCACUGCCUGAAUCAGAGUUGCGUUGCGGCAGAUCAAGUAUUACAAAGCAUCAAGAAGAAACUCGCUGGUGUCGACGAUGAUGAAAUCACCAUUGUCCAAAGCACACUCACCAUUGGGCUGUUCGACCCUUUCAGCCAAGCCAAAAUGUGUGACAUUCCAGUCCGUAGUAAAGCAUGUCCACACAACGACUGUUUCGAUCUAGACACUUUCCUCCAGUCCCGUCCACGCAAGGGCGACGCUUCGGUAGCUGAUCACUGGAAAUGUCCUAUUUGUAAAUCCGAUGCUCGUCCACAAAUGCUUAUAGUAGAUGGCUUCAUUGAGGAUGUGCAAAAGCAGCUUGAGCUACAGGGGCUUGCCAGCACGCGGUAUAUUCUCGUUCAACAGGACGGAUCUUGGCAACCCAAGGCUGAAGUGCGCGAGGGUGUGUCGGACGAAACCCCUGAACCCGUCGCUAAACGUUCAGUACUAGCUGACGCUGACGUAAUUGACCUUAGUGACUGA